AAGUGGUUUGCUAUAAUCUUUUUACCUUGUGUUGCUGGUUGUCAAACGACUAAGUUUGUGAUAGAGGAAGGUCAUGCCCUCGAGAAUCACGUGAUAAAAACCGUGACCGCCAUGCAACCGAUAACAUGUGUGUGGCAAUGCGUGGACACUCCACUAUGUUUUUCUAUGAAUGUCAGAUCACUCCCGACUGGUUGGGUCACGUGCGAACUGAACAAUUCGAGCAAAACGGCUGACCCACAGGAUUUCCUAUUCAGUCCUGAAACUCGUUACCAGCAACUUGUGAAAGUUGAGCAUUGUACAACAAAGCAGUGUAUCUACAAAGAUGUUUUUCAAGAUGGCUGGUUUAGAUUUGGGUCCAAGCUCCUGAAAAGUUUCUCUGAGAGAAAGACUUGGGAAGAAGCCCGGCAGUUCUGUCAUUCGAUUGAUGGAGAACUUGUGUCAAUCACUCACGAAAACGAGAAUGAGUUUAUCAGUCAUUUGCUUGACCGUGUCAAAAUCGAUGAAACAGGUGAGAACAAACAAUUAGUCAAUGUCAUCAAACACUGGAAAUUAGACGGAAGCGACUCCGAUGUAGGACUCGCGAAUGAUGCGGAAUACACGGAAGAAGAUGGUGUAAAGACAUUGCACCUUAACGGGACUGCCUCAUCGUACGCAACAACCGCCGCAGUGGACUUCGGGAACAAAAGUUUCACCAUCGCCAGCUGGGCAAAACUAAAACCUUCUGUUAACCAUACAUCAGUUAUUAUUUCCUUGUGGAAAAAUCAGAGACAUUUUUUGUUUGGUAAAAACUCAAUUUCCAAGCUUCGUUUCGUAGUGAAGAACAAAACAAAUGAGAAAGACAUAAUUUCAAUGGCUAGGGGAGCCAUCUUUCAGUGAAGCUUGGAUCGGGUUUAAUGACCUCGACACGGAGGGAACUUUUGAUUGGCCGAACGGCACUCACGUUACAUUUACG